AUGCACUCCUCAACUCUCCUCCUCACGUUCGCCACCAGCGCCCUCGUCAGCGCAGACGACUGGUCCGUACAGCAAUUUGGGUCACAGGACUGCACAUCGGACGAGAAGGGCUCGAAAGUCUCGUCGAGCACGCCAACUGCCGUUCAGCUCGACGACCAAACCAAAGCCCUGAAGCUCACAGGGGGAGCUGACGUGGACGGCAAUAACGCGUGUUUGGCGGCGUACUCGGGCAACCAGGACGGCGACAAAUGCGGCGGCGACUUCAUGGGCCUCAUCUGGGGGGACUGGAAUUGCACGGGCAGCGCUACCACCACGACCUACGACAUGGGGCCUAUCCAGUGCGUGCAGGUGUAUGUGACGGAGCCCUCCGAGAGCGCUGCGCCUAAGGCUAGAUGA